CUUCUCUCCUCCGUCUCUCCCCCGCCAUCUCUAGUCACAGAUCUGACUUUUCUUCUUUCGCUGAGCUCGUGGCCUAGUUUUGUCAUCCUUCCUCGCCAUUUCAGUCACCAUUUUCCGGUGGUAGCUCACGGAUCGAGCUUCUUUUAGGUCUGGGACAGCAUUGUGAAGCUGAUAGAAGUAAAAAUACUUGAGGCUUGAACUGAACUCGGACGGUUAGAGCUUCUUUCCGGUUGAAGGUUGCUUAUGCUUUGUUUUUUUUUUCGGUUGAAGGUUCUUCUGAUCUGUUAACCGUUUCUUCCACUUGCAUUCCAAAACUUGAGAGCUUCUGGACGUUUCUUCCAUUUCAGUCACCAUUUUCCAGUUGCUUAUGCUCUGUUUUUUUUCCGGUUGAAGGUUCUUCUGAUCUGUUUAACCGUUUCUUCUACUUGCAUUCCAAAACUUGAAAGCUUCUGGACGUUGGGAAUCUGAACCUUGAAGAAGAAGGGCAGGUUCAAACUUUUCUCAUACUUAUUGAAUAGGAAUAUUGUGAAUCUGAAUGUAGUUGUGCUCUGUGUGUAUGGGUCAAAGUUUUGUUAUGCUGAAUGAAUAGGAACUGAAAUGGUGGAAAUGCUUGGUUCUGUUUUUAGAUCUUGAAUUAUUUAAGUUCAAAAUUAGUUUUGCUCUUUGUAUAAAUGUGUAAAAUUUUUUAUAAUCAAUGAUUAGUUCCUGGGUUUUGAUUUCUUUUCUUGAGAAUGUGUGUGUGCUAAAAAUUUUUUGUACUCAAUUGCUGAUGAAUUAUUCUGAAUUUAUGUAUAUUUAUGUGUGUAUUUUCAAGUUAUUUUUUUGUUCAAACUAAUGUUAAAUUAUGGGUUUUGGUAUGGUUUCAUAAAUGAAUAUUGGAUGAUUUUACUUAAUUAAUUAUUAGUUGCUUUGUUUCCUGUUAAAUGUGGAUUGACAAAUAGGUCUAAUUUAUGUUAAUUAGUUAUUGAGAAUGUAAUAUUUCAAUAGUAAAUAUGAGUAAGGAGAAGGCAUUGGGGACUACCGAAGAGACCAAACUGUUCCUCAAAUUAGCUCUUCAACAAGUUAAAAAAAAUAAGCGCAAGGGCUCUACCUUAUCAAAGGAAGGUUGGGAAGCGUUAAUGCAACAAUUCAAUGCUUUGAACUCUAGAAGCUAUGAUAAGAAGCAGUUAAAAAAUAAAUGGGAUAAUUUGAGAAAAGAUUGGAAUAUAUGGGACAAAUUGCUGAACAAAGAGACCGGCUUGGGAUGGGAUGGUUUAAAGAAUACUAUUUCAGCACCGGAUGAGUGGUGGAGUCAAAAGAUUAAGGAGAAUCCUGAGUAUAGAAAAUUCAGACAUAGACCACUUCCAUAUGUACAAGAAUUGACACAGUUGUUCCAGCUAGUUGUAGCUCGAGGUACUUACCUGUGGACACCUGUGGCUGAUGACGCACAAGAUGUGUAUAGGCCUCAAUUGGAUUUGACCGAAGGAUUAGGAGACAGUGAUGAUGUGAGAAAUAUUAGUGGAGGAGCUCUCCCGGAAAUUGGGCAGGUCAACUUGAACAAUGCAUACAGUGGUGGUUCUAAUUCGAGGAGUAAGAGAAAGAUUGGUGAAAGUGGUCAAAACAACAAGGGAAAACAUCUUGCAACUGUGAUGGUUGAUUCAAUGAGUCGCUUAGUGUUCACACAAGAGGAUAGGGUUUCAACAUUGAAGUCAAUUCUUAAUUCCAUAGAGGGUGGCACAAAACUAGUUGAUCAAAAUGUGGUGGAUGUUGCAAAGGAACUUUAUGGAAUCGAGGAGAUUGCUUAUGAUGAGUCGCUUCUUGGACAGUGUGCUGUGGCUUUGUUAGAUAAGACUGCAAGGGACAUGUAUAUUGGGCUUAGGGACAACAGAAGAGCAUUAGUGGCCUAUUUGAGGUGCUUGGGAAAAAAAAGCAGAUUAGAUCAAUCUUAGCUUGCCUUCUCAAUGUUUUAAAUUUAGCUAGUGCCGUUUAUGUUGUUAACUUUAUUUUGAAACUGACUAUGUUAUUUGACUCUUGUGUUAUGUGUUUCUUAUGUUAAGUCAUGAACAAUAGUGUAAUGGUUGUUUACUUAUGCUAUGCAGU